AUGUCUUCAGAUCUUAUUAGGCUAUGUCCGGGCCGAGUCUCAGACGGCGAGCCUUCACACAAUGGUCUGCGAGCUGCGAGUUUACAUGAAUCACACAAGGAAAUGUUCAGGAGCGAAGGCCAACAAGCACUUAGAGAGAAUACUUCUGUCAGACCCUCGUCGACCGAUAGGAUAGACCAGAAAGACUGUGCUAAGCCAGCCUUGAGCAGCCAACAUUCCAGAACAGAGAAAGCCAGUUGCCCCAAAUCAGAAGAAAACAGGACACCCUCUGCAUCACCACGGAAGAGACGUCGACCCAAGGUCCCCACGGGACCCACAGCUCCAAUUCCGCGCCGACGAAGCAGCGUACCGGUCCGUCGAAAUGGCCCGGAUUUAAUCUCCUUCCACCGACGGAGCUGUCAACUGUUCCAAUCAUUGGAAGGCACGCUUGCAUUGACUCACGAAUGGAAUGUUACAGAUCAACCUUGUCCUAGAUACAGCUUUACCCCAGACACUCGACAUACAUCCCCUUGUAUCAUCAAAACAGAGAACGGCUUCGCCUAUCUAGCCUCAACGACCUCAACACCGCGCUUCGGGUCCGCAAGGAGCAGCAGAAGAAACUCCUCCGCCAUAGUAACGCCGCUACCAUCCCUUUACGACCGGUCAGGGCCAAAUGCUACCGCCACCACUUCUUCCUCGUCCAGCACACUAGCCGACACAUCAUCCUCCACUCUGGAAGAAAAGCUCAUUGCUUCGUUGGAGUCACUGCCUCCACGACCUCAUCCAGUCUCCAUUAUUUCUUGGACGUCGACCGAAAGUCGUCGGCGCGAGUACGAAGAGAUCCAUCAAUCGUACAGUGGUGUUCGUGGGCUAUGGAAGAAGAUUACACCACGCUGGUGUCGUGGCAAAUGCGAGAGGAAGGGAUUCUUUCAUGAGAAGAAGGAUGGUGAGGUGGACAGUGUGAGGAGGUAUAGGAUGAAUCUGGAUGAUGAAGAGGAUGACGAUAAUGAGAAAAAUGCAAGAAUUGAUGAUGGUGCUGAUGACGACAGGGGAAGGAAGAAAGAGAAAAGGGAUAAGAAAAGAGAUAGUCGAUGGACUUGGCUAUCGUUGCUGCGGUGA